AAGUAGUAUUUAACCACAGGGCAGGAGGAGGGAUGGAAGUACUAAUGAUUGUGCAAUAACUGCUAGUCUAAUUUGCAGUAAUCGUAGCAAACGAAUCGAUACACAAGAAGGUAUGGCGGCAAACGAUGCGGGCUGGUGAGGAGGACAUUCCCGAGCCCUUGAGAGACCAGCUCAUUGCCGUGGAGGUGGCACUGGCAGGAGGAAGAGGAAGGGGCAAACGUGUCCCCAGAUGGCGACACGCAACUGUGCCUGCCCUUGGCGCGCUUUGGAGCCUGGCCGCCCGAACUGGCUUCUUGCUGCCAGAGCACAGCGCGAGCGGCCGCUUCCAGUAACCAUGGAGACACGGGCGGCCCGUCCCUUCUUCGCGUCCCGCCCGGGAAGCAGGGCUAGGCUUGUCCGGACGGUUGCUUGGCAACGGGACGACUCUUCGGAGGGAAGAAGUUUUGGUCGCUUCAGCGGGGAAUCGGUACCCAGAUGCAAAGCCCCCCGGGGGAGCUUUCUAUAUUUGUGAGAGUUGUAUAAAAGGGCGCUGCAGCUUCAUGCCAAGGUGGAAAACCCACACUUAUUAAAGCAUCCACUACCACUGUUCUUGAGGGCACAAAGCACACCACUCAGGACAGACUAAAGAGGAUUUGGGGGCCCCCAGAGGGUGUGGAGGCCCUGGACUUUGGCCCCAAAGUCCAGAGGUAAUUAUGUCUAAAAGGGUGUCAUUGCCAUCUUUACAACCUACCCCACAAACCUCAGAUAAUAAAGUUAACAGAAGUGAUCAAGAUAGUUCAAGUGGAGAACAGUCUUCUUCAAGUGUGAAACAUUCUCCUUCAACAAAUGAAUUAAGAAAGAGACUGCUUAGUGUGGCUCCAAAUGAGAGGGCAGUAAAUCCGGAGGCUCUGAAAUUUAAACAUAACACAAAAUCACAAGAUAGAACCAGAAUUCGACAGCAACCUAUAAAAUUGGAACCUUUGCCUGUAUUAAAGAUACAUCAGUCCCACAAGCAACCUGAAUAUAUAUACCAGAAAAACAGGGAGAGACUAAUAGCUGCUGGAGUACUGCAGCCUACAACUUCAGCAGAGAAAAGAAAAUGGCCUAUUGAUGAGUCAGUCCUAGCUGAGGCUCCAGAAGAUUUAAGGGAAAGAGAGACUUCUAAGGUACGAGUUCCUACUCCCCCUAAACAACCACGUAGUGUGGUAAAACUAAGCGCUUGCAUACCAAGCUCCCCACCUACCAGUAAGUUUGAUGAACGAGAAGAAGUAAUUAAAGCUAAUGUUACAGAACCUCUGCAAAUUAUAAGAAUAAUAUGCGAGAACAAAAAUCUUGGAUUCCUGUAUAUGACUCCUGCAGUGCCUAAGUCAUCAAUAGACUAUGACACAUAUAACCUGAAAAUUGUAAGUUAUGACUGCGUUAACAAAAAAGACUACUACACUAUUAGCCAGAAAGCAGUUAUUCAUACAUAUAAUGGAGAAGUUGAAUAUUUGGAACUUGAACGCUGGGAGCAAGAAUAUCUCUAUCACAAAGCACUUUCCAGAAUUCCCAUAUUUGCUAUAUUUCGUAAAUGGAAGUCAUUUAACGUGUGGAGGAAGAAUGUCCGCUACAAAAAGAUUAAGUCAUGCAGCCGAGCUUUGCAGAAGAACUUGUUCAUUGUUAAUGCUUAUUUGAGACCAGCAGUACUUACUAUCCAAGAAAUGUGUUAUCGACUCAGUGACAUGGCCCUUUGUCAAGUUGAAAAGGGGUAUAUUUACACACUGGCAGAAUUUAAAGGUACUCAGUUCGCACAGCUAAAAGAAGUAGCAGCUCAACUGUCAGAGUUCAGAGAAUUAGCAAAAGAUGUGGUUAGAGGUGCAUGUCGAACUGCACUGCUUGAGUCUGGUUUCACUCCUGAUGAUUACUGUUAUGCAACAGAGAGUAAAGAACAGGUAACAUCAGUUACACAACUAGCUACUGCAAGUGUCCUUAUUCCUCGUAUAGAGAGAGAUAUUUAUGGUGAACCAGCUGAAAAAAUGACAUAUACAGAACAAGCCAACAAAAGGGCUCAGUGUGGAAGGCUCACAUGCUUUGUUCGUCUUGCUGACUACCUUAUAGUAAACACCUUGCAUGUACUGGCUGUAAAAUCUGUCUCUGCCCUUUUGACUUACCUCACUGAGAAGCUGAAAAAGACACCUCCUUCAGAGAUCAUUCAGAAAUGGAAUACAGAGGAAGUAGUAGAAGUUGUGGAAAAGAAGGCAACUUCGGUGAUUAUAGGGCCAGAGGAAGAUGAGGCAUCUAUCCCCAUGUUUCUUUUAGAACUAAUUUUAGAGAUCCACGCAUUGCUAUUUGAACCAUCUUUGGAUGAAUUCCAGGAUAGUAUGGCAGAGAUUGUUACUCAGUUUCAGGCAACUGUACUAUCUGUUGCAAACCUUGUGCCUGAUCGAUACUUUGAUGCUUUCACUCGUCCUGUCAUUAACAACAAAAUUGAAGAAAAAACAUGUGGUGAAGGACCAAGCUUAUCAAUAAUGUUUAAAGAUGAUAAACAUCUCCAAAGUAUUAUCUUCCAAAUAAAGGAAGCAAUAUAUUCAGCAUUUGAAGCAGUAAAUGUGUAUGCAGCUACUUUUGAAACAUUUCGAUUAUUUUUCAAAGAAAAUGAAAGCCUUGACUUAGAAGCUCUGAAGAAACAAGAACCUGGUGUUCAAUUUUUUGCUGAACAACUGGAGAAGUAUCACAAGCAACACAAGGAAGCUGUGGCCAUAAGGCAGAAGAGAAACCUAGGUUUGCUCCUCAUAGAUGCUCAGAAACUGAAAGAUAAAUUGAUUCCAUCACCGAAGCGCUGUUUGGAGGUUAUUAAUGCAAUGCUUCCCAUAAUUUCAAAGAAGAAAGUGACCGCCAUUAUAGCUGAAGCACAAGAUGCUAAAUUUAAACUUGAGUUUUAUCCAAGUACGACGAUAGAAUAUGUGUUUGCCUUGACAUUCCUUGAUGAAAUACAAGAUAGGAUUGAAACUCUUGAAGAUGAAUCAAAAAUAGUAACAAAGAUGUAUCAACUUAUUGAGCUGUAUGCAGUACCUACUCCUCCUGAAGACUUAGCUUUGUUUGCAACUCUGAAACCAUCCAUUAUUGCUGUUCGCAAUGCAAUUGACAAAUCUGUGGGAGAUAGAGAUGCCAAUAUUGCUAGAUUCUGUCAACUUCUAGACCUAGAUAUUCAUGAAUUAAAUGAAGAAGUAAAAGAUGUGAAACGCCAAGCUGAGGAUCCGCAGAUUUUGGAUAUUCAUGCUGACCAAGACAGAGUGAGACAACUUCUAGCAGAGAUGCAGACUGUUCUUGAUGAGUUACAGAAACGUGCAUUCCAAUAUAAGUCCUAUCAGAAGAACUUUAAGGUGGACGUAACGAAAUUUGAUGCUCUAGAGGAGGUUUGUGCAGAGUUGAAACUGAAACAGAUAUUAUGGGAUUCUCUUUGUGAAUGGGAAAUACUUCAGGAAGAUUGGAUGGAGUGUAAAUUUGAUAGCUUGGAUCCAGAAUUGUUGAAUUCUCAAGUUUCUAAGUAUGCUAAAUUUGUGCAUCAGUUGGAAAAAGGAUUACCACCUAAUAAUGUUGUUCCAAGACUCAAGGAAAAAGUGGAGAGUAUGAAAGAAAAGCUUCCUGUUAUCACAGACUUGAGGAACCCUUUUUUGAAACCCAGACACUGGGUAAUUCUGGAACAAAUAGUUGGUGCACAAUUAGUAGACACGGAAAAUCCAUUAACCUUGGAAAGACUUAGUCAGAUCAAUGCUUUUGAAUACAGUCAGGAGAUUCAGGAUGUUUCUGGGCAAGCUUCGGGAGAAGCAUCCUUGGAGACAAUUCUCAAAAAGGUGGAAGAUUCCUGGAAAUCAACAGAAUUCAUUGUUCUUCCUCAUCGCGAUUCAAAAGAUGUUUUUAUCCUUGGUGGCACAGACGACAUUCAGGUAAUUCUGGAUGACAGUACAAUUAAUGUAGCUACAAUAGCAUCUUCGCGAUAUGUAGGUCCUCUCAAGGCACGGGUUGAUGACUGGCAAAAGCAGCUCUCUUUAUUCAGUCAGACAUUGGAAGAAUGGCUGACAUGUCAGAGAAACUGGCUCUACUUGGAAAGUAUUUUCAGUGCUCCUGAUAUUCAAAGACAGCUGCCAGCAGAAGCAAAAAUGUUCUUGCAAGUCGACAAGUCCUGGAAAGAAGUGAUGAGAAAAGUUAACCGUCUGCCUAAUGCCCUCCGAGCCGCUACUCAGCCUGGCCUUUUGGAGACCUUCCAGAAUAAUAAUGCACUUCUUGAUCAAAUUCAAAAAUGCCUAGAAGCCUAUUUGGAGUCUAAGAGAGUGAUCUUCCCCAGAUUUUACUUUUUAUCAAAUGAUGAGCUCUUGGAGAUUCUGGCUCAGACUCGCAAUCCUCAGGCUGUUCAGCCUCACUUAAGGAAGUGCUUUGAUUCAAUCUCUAAACUAGAAUUUGCCUAUAUGGCUCCAGCUGAGGGAGAAGAAAAAGUUCUCACCAAUGAUAUUUUAGCAAUGCUGUCACCUGAAGGGGAAAGGGUCAACUUAGGAAAAGGACUUAAGGCCAGAGGAAAUGUUGAAGACUGGCUUGGUAAAGUUGAAGAAGCAAUGUUCACUUCCCUUAGACGGCUGAGUAAAGCGGCCAUUGCUGACUAUCAGACUAAAGAGAGAGUGGACUGGGUUGUUGCUGGACAUCCAUCUCAGGUUAUAUUGACUGUUUCUCAGCUCAUGUGGUGUCGUGAUCUGACUCAGUGCUUGGAAGGAGACGAUCAUGAUCAUUUAGAAGCUUUGGCAGAAUUUGAAAAUGAAAACUUUGAUAGAUUAAAUGCAUUGGCUUCACUAGUCCGUGGGAUUCUUCCUAAACUGCACAGAAAUAUCAUAACAGCACUCAUAACCAUUGAUGUGCAUGCAAGAGACAUUGUUACUGAACUUGUAGAACAAGAGGUUGAUACUAUUGACAAUUUUGACUGGCAAAGACAACUGCGUUACUAUUGGGACCUUGAUUUGGAUAACUGUGUGGCUAAAAUGGCUUUAUCCCAGUAUACUUAUGGUUAUGAGUACUUGGGUGCAUGUCCAAGAUUAGUGAUAACCCCACUCACGGAUCGUUGCUACCUCUGCCUUAUGGGAGCAUUGCAACUUGACCUAGGUGGAGCCCCAGCUGGACCUGCUGGUACUGGCAAAACAGAGACUACCAAAGACCUCGCAAAAGCACUUGCCAUCCAAUGUGUUGUGUUCAAUUGUUCAGAUGGCUUGGAUUACAAGAUGAUGGGUCGUUUCUUCAGUGGCUUGGCACAAUCUGGAGCAUGGUGCUGCUUUGAUGAAUUUAAUCGAAUUGAUAUUGAAGUUCUGUCUGUAAUUGCCCAACAGUUGAUUACUAUUAGGAAUGCUAAAGCCGCAAAGUUCUCUCGAUUUAUGUUUGAGGGACGUGAAAUAAAAUUGGUUAUGACAUGUGCAGCCUUUAUUACAAUGAAUCCAGGCUAUGCUGGACGAACAGAAUUACCCGAUAAUCUAAAAGCUCUCUUCAGGCCAUUUUCAAUGAUGGUUCCAAACUAUGCUUUGAUUGCGGAGGUUAUUUUGUAUUCUGAAGGAUUUGAAUCUAGUAAAACACUUGCAAGGAAGAUGACUCAAAUGUACAAGCUCUGUAGUGAGCAGCUCUCUCAACAGGACCACUAUGAUUUUGGAAUGAGAGCUGUCAAGUCUGUCUUAGUCAUGGCUGGGUCACUAAAGAGAGAUAAUCCAAAUCUGAAUGAGGAUGUUGUAUUAAUAAGAGCAUUACGAGAUUCCAACCUACCAAAAUUUCUUACAGAUGAUGCUCUUUUGUUCAGUGGAAUUAUAUCUGACCUUUUUCCUGGAGUCAUAAUCCCAGAGCACAAUUAUGGAGUCCUAGAGUCAACAAUAAUAGAUAUCAUGGUUUCCAAAGGAUUACAGCCUGAAGCUACCAUGGUUCAUAAAGUCAUCCAGCUUUACGAAACUAUGUUGGUAAGGCAUGGCGUCAUGCUUGUUGGACCAACAGGAGGUGGAAAAACUACAGUUUACCAAAUUCUGGCAGAUACCCUAGAAGCUUUGCAUGCAGCAGGUGAGCUGCACCAUUUCUACCAGCCUGUUAAAACAUUUAUUCUGAACCCUAAAUCAAUUACCAUGGGUGAACUGUACGGUGAAGUUAACAAUUUAACUCUGGAGUGGAAAGAUGGCCUGAUGGGCCUUAGCGUUCGAGCAGCAGUGGUUGAUACCUCUGAAGACCAUAAAUGGAUAAUCUGUGAUGGACCUGUGGAUGCUUUAUGGAUUGAAAACCUGAACACUGUUUUGGAUGAUAACAAGAUGCUUUGUUUGGCUAACAGUGAAAGAAUCAAACUCACACCUUCAAUUCACAUGCUGUUUGAGGUGGAAGACUUAAGAGUUGCAUCACCUGCUACAGUUAGCCGAUGUGGAAUGGUAUAUAUUGACCCUGAAGAACUGAAGUGGAUCCCCUAUGUGAAGACAUGGAUGGCAGGCCUUGAAGAAGAAAAACUCAAUGAGGAAACAAAAACAUAUUUGUUUGAACUGUUUUGUCGUUAUGUUGAAGAUGGUCUAAAAUAUGUUAACAAAAAGUGUUCGCAAGCUAUAACACAAGUGGACAUCAGUAAAGUUACUGCACUCUGUUGUUUACUGGAAUCAUUGCUUCUUGGAAAAGGAGGGCCCAGUAUGAAAUUGGAACAAUCAAGGUUAAACUCUCUCAUAUGCCAGACUUUUGUUUUCUGCUAUUUGUGGUCAGUGGGUGGAAACUUAACUGAGAACUAUUGGGAUGCUUUUGAUACAUUUGUAAGGCAGCAAUUUGAGGACAAUCCAGAUGCUAAGCUUCCACAGUCUGGUGAUUUGUGGAGUGUUUUCAUUGAUUUUGAUACAAAACGACUGGAUCCUUGGGAGCGAAUUGUACCUACAUUUAAAUACAACAGUAAAAUACCAUUUUUUGAAAUGCUUGUUCCUACCACUGAUACAGUGCGCUAUGGCUUUCUAAUGGAAAAAUUGCUAGCUGUCAGACAUUCUGUGUUGUUCACUGGAAUAACAGGAGUUGGCAAGUCUGUAGUUGCCAGGGCACUGUUAAACCGAAUACAAGAUGAAGCUGGCUAUGUUCCUGUUUACCUAAAUUUCUCUGCUCAGACAUCAUCUGCACGGACACAGGAGAUUAUCGAGUCUAAAUUAGAAAAAAAAAGGAAAAAUAUUUUAGGAGCACCUGGGGAAAAAAGAGUUGUCAUAUUUGUGGAUGAUCUAAACAUGCCUAAAUUGGAUCGUUAUGGAUCUCAGCCCCCUAUUGAACUAUUAAGACAGUACCAGGACUUCGGAGGUUUCUAUGAUAGAGAGAAACUGUUUUGGAAGGAAAUACAGGAUGUGACUAUUGCUUCAGCCUGUGCACCUCCGGGUGGUGGACGCAAUCCAGUUACAGCACGUUUCAUAAGACACUUUGCCAUGCUGUGUCUUCCAACACCCUCUGAGCAUAGCCUUAAACAAAUUUUUCAGGCUAUUUUAAAAGGCUUCCUAACUGACUUCACUACAGCAGUGAAGCAGAGUGCAAAAAGUAUAGUCGAUGCUGCUGUUGAAAUAUAUCAAAGAAUGAGCAUUGAUCUUCUCCCAACACCAGCAAAAUCCCAUUAUGUGUUUAAUUUACGUGAUUUGUCCAAGUGUGUGCAAGGCAUACUGCAAUGCGACGCUACUUCAGUCCGAGACCAGUUACAGAUAUUCAGACUGUUCUGUCAUGAGUGCCAGAGAGUUUUUCAUGACCGCCUCAUCUGCACCGAAGAUAAACAAUAUUUUUAUUCUAUUUUAGCUGACAUGGCCAGCAAACAUUUUGGAGUGUCAGUUGAUCCAGACUCAUUUGUGUCUAAACCAAUCAUAUUUGGGGACUACAUAAAGCCUGGAGCUGAUAAAGCUGAUCGUUUAUACGAGGAGCUAACUGAUAUACAAAAAAUUAUGGGGGUUUUACAAGACUAUCUGGAUGAUUAUAACAUAACAACUGCUAAAGAAGUGAAGCUUGUAUUCUUCCAAGAUGCCAUCGAGCAUGUUUCAAGAAUUGCUCGGAUGAUUCGCCAGGAAAGAGGAAAUGCCCUACUUGUUGGUGUUGGAGGCACAGGCAAGCAGUCUCUUACUCGACUUGCCUCUCAUAUUUGUGGCUACAAAUGCUUUCAAAUAGAACUAAGCCGUGGUUAUAAUUAUGAUACUUUUCAUGAAGACCUUAGAAAGCUAUAUAAAAUGGCAGGGGUGGAAGAUAAAGAUAUGGUUUUCCUUUUCACAGACACGCAGAUUGUUGUAGAGGAAUUUCUGGAAGAUAUAAACAACAUUCUGAAUUCUGGAGAGGUACCUAAUCUGUUUGAAAAAGAUGAACUGGAGUUUGUUAUGGCAGCUACUCGACCCAAAGCAAAAGAAGCUGGGAUAGCAGAGGGCAACAGGGAUGAGGUAUUUCAAUACUUUAUUAACCGAGUCCGCCAGAAGCUACAUAUUGUUCUGUGCAUGAGCCCUGUAGGCGAUGCUUUCCGAGCACGGUGCCGAAUGUUUCCAUCACUUGUGAACUGCUGCACAAUCGAUUGGUUUGUUCAGUGGCCAAGAGAAGCACUUCUUUCUGUAUCAAGGACUUUUUUUAUGCAUGUUGACCUUGGAAGUGACACAAUGAAAGAGAAACUUUCUGUAAUGUGUGUAGACAUUCACAUGAGUGUAACAGAUAUGGCAGAACGGUACUAUGCUGAGCUCCGGCGACGUUACUAUACAACACCCACCUCCUAUUUAGAGUUGAUCAAUCUUUACUUGUCAAUGUUAAGUGAAAAAAGGAAGCAAUUAGUUUCAGCUCGGGAUCGUGUGAAGAAUGGCUUAAGCAAACUAUUAGAGACAAAUGUACUUGUUGAUAAAAUGAAAUUAGAUCUUUCAGCUUUAGAGCCAGUCCUUAAGGAGAAAUCAGUGGAUGUUGAGGCUUUGAUGGAAAAAUUAGCAGUGGAUCAAGAAAACGCAGACCAGGUUCGGCGUAUUGUUCAAGAAGAUGAAGCUGUUGCAAAAGUUAAAGCAGAGGAGACUCAGGCAAUAGCUGAUGAUGCUCAACGUGAUUUGGAGGAGGCUCUCCCAGCUUUAGAUGCAGCCAACAAAGCUCUUGAUUCUUUAGAUAAAGCAGAUAUUUCUGAAAUCCGAGUUUUCACGAAACCUCCUGAUCUUGUUAUGACUGUGAUGGAAGCAAUCUCUAUUCUCCUAAAUGCAAAGCCUGACUGGGCAACCGCUAAACAGCUUCUUGGAGACUCCAAUUUCCUGAAAAGACUUUUAGAAUAUGAUAAAGAAAAUAUAAGUCGUCAAAUAUUGCUUAAGCUUCAGAAGUACAUUAAUAAUCCCGAUUUUGUACCUGAAAAAGUAGAGAAAGUGUCAAAGGCAUGCAAGUCUAUGUGCAUGUGGGUGAGAGCUAUGGAUUUAUACUCCCGAGUUAUCAAGGAAGUGGAGCCAAAGAGGCAGAAAUUAAAUGCUGCACAGGCAGAGCUUGAUGCAACUCUGGCUACCCUAAAAGCUAAACAAAAAAAGCUGAAACAAGUGGAAGAACAAAUACAGGAACUAGAAGAACAAUAUGAAAAAAGUUUGGAUGAAAAAGAGAGCCUUGCAAGGACCAUGGCACUGACUCAAGCUCGUCUUACACGAGCCGGAAAACUUACCGCAGCAUUAGGAGAUGAACAGGUCCGGUGGGAAGAGAGCAUUUUGAAUUUUGAAGCAGAGAUUUCAAACAUCAUUGGAAAUGUGUUCAUAGCUGCAGCUUGUGUAGCCUAUUAUGGAGCUUUUACAGCACUCUAUAGACAGCUGUUAAUAGACUGCUGGAUCAAACAAUGUCAGAAUCUAGAGAUUCCUAUUAGUUCUGACUUCAGUCUUAUAAAUAUUUUGGGAGACCCCUAUGAAAUUCGUCAGUGGAACACUGAUGGAUUACCACGUGACUACAUAUCCACGGAAAAUGGCAUUCUUGUUACUCGAGGGCGACGCUGGCCACUCAUGAUUGAUCCCCAAGACCAGGCAAACCGUUGGAUAAGAAACAAAGAAACAAAAAGUGGUUUAAGGAUAAUUAAGCUUACUGACUCUGGUUUCCUGCGUACUUUGGAGAAUGCCAUUCGUCUAGGGUUGCCUGUCCUUCUCGAAGAGCUUAAGGAAACACUGGAUCCAGCUCUGGAACCCAUUCUUUUGAAGCAGACUUUUGUUUCUGGUGGAAGAAUGCUCAUUCGCCUUGGAGACUCUGAUAUAGAUUAUGACAGAAACUUCAGAUUCUACAUGACUACAAAAAUGCCAAAUCCACAUUAUUUGCCUGAGGUCUGCAUCAAAGUGACAGUUAUAAAUUUCACUGUUACCAGAUCUGGUCUGGAAGAUCAACUGCUAAGUGAUGUUGUGCGACUAGAGAGGCCUGAACUAGAGGAGCAAAGAAACCUGCUCAUUGUGAGAAUUAAUGCUGAUAAGAAUCAACUAAAAGCUAUUGAAGACAAAAUUCUAAAAAUGCUUUUUACAUCAGAGGGGAAUAUUCUGGACAAGGAAGAACUCAUCAAUACCCUCCAAGACUCCAAGAUUACCUCUGGUGCCAUUAAAGUAAGACUUGUAGAAGCAGAAACCACUGAAGAAAAGAUAAAUGCAGCCCGUGAAAAAUACCGCCCUGUUGCUACUCGAGGAUCGGUCAUGUAUUUUGUGAUUGCAAGCCUAUCUGAGAUUGAUCCAAUGUAUCAGUUUUCUUUAAAGUAUUUCAAACAGCUAUUUAAUAUAACUAUUGAAACAUCUGAAAAAAAUGAUGAACUGCAACUGCGACUGACUAUCUUGCUUAAUCAGACCCUCUAUGCAACCUAUACCAAUGUCUCCCGAGGUCUUUUUGAGCAGCACAAACUCAUCUACAGCUUUAUGUUGUGUAUUGAGAUUAUGCGACAAAAAGAAGAACUUACAGAUGUUGAAUGGAACUUCUUCCUCCGUGGAUCUGGUGCUUUAGAGGAGGGGCGGCCUGACAAACCUGCAGUUCCAUGGCUUGAAGAAAAUGCCUGGUUUAUGUGCUGUGACUUAGAAGAAACACUUCCAUGUUUUGAGGGAAUUCAAGACGACAUAUUGUCCAAGCACAUUUUCAUUAAAUUAGGGCAACUUGAUAUUCGUGUCAAUCCAGAAGAAUGGGUAGGCUAUGAUUCUGAAGAAAGUAUAAAAACAGAUGACCCAGCAAACAUUCCCUGGGACAAUAGGCUGACUAUGUUUCAGAAAUUAAUUGUGGUAAAGUGCUUCAUGGAAGAAAAGAUUGUUUCUGCACUUACCGAAUUUGUAAUAGAAAACCUUGGGAAACAAUUCAUAGAGAAUCCUCCAGUUGAUUUGGCAACUCUUUACCAAGAUAUGUCUCCUUCCACACCACUAGUGUUCAUCUUGAGUACAGGCUCUGAUCCCAUGGGGGCUUUCCAGAGGUUUGCAAAAGAGCGAGGAUAUUUAGAACGAGUGCAGUCAAUUUCUUUAGGACAAGGACAAGGACCUAUUGCAGAAAAAAUGAUUAAGGAUGCAAUGAAAACAGGAAAUUGGAUUUUCCUGCAGAACUGUCAUCUGGCAGUUUCAUGGAUGUUAGCAAUGGAGGAGCUUAUCAAAACAUUUACAGAGCCAAAUGUCUCCAUCCAUGAAGACUUUCGACUCUAUUUGAGUUCCAUGCCAUGCGAUACCUUCCCUGUCACUGUCCUUCAGAAUUCUGUCAAGGUAACCAAUGAACCUCCGAAAGGUCUACGGGCAAACAUCAGGCGAGCAUUCACAGAAAUGACAGCUACAUUUUUUGAAGAAAAUAUCCUAGGAAAAAUAUGGAGAAAAAUCAUUUUUGGCAUUUGCUUCUUCCAUGCAAUCAUUCAGGAAAGAAAAAAAUUUGGACCUCUUGGUUGGAACAUAUGUUAUGAAUUUAAUGACAGUGACAGAGAGUGUGCCUUACUGAAUCUCAAUCUUUAUUGUCAAGAGGGAAAAGUACCCUGGGAUGCCCUUACAUAUAUAACAGGUGAAAUUACGUAUGGAGGGCGAGUUACAGAUGCCUGGGAUCAGAGAUGCCUUCGCACAGUCCUAAGGAGGUUUUUUUCUCCUGAAACUCUAGAAGAUGACUAUAAAUAUUCAGAAUCAGGUAUAUAUUUUGCACCAGUGGCUGACAGUUUGCAAGAUUUUAAAGAGUAUAUUGAAAACCUUCCUUUGAUUGAUGACCCAGAAAUAUUUGGAAUGCAUGAAAACGCCAAUUUAGCUUUCCAGCGUAAAGAAACCCAUACCUUGAUCACUACAAUACUUGAAGUACAGCCACGAUCAUCUGCCCAAGGAUCGGGGAAAAGCAAUGAUGAGAUUGUUCAAGAGCUUGCCAGCACAAUCCUGGCAAAAAUUCCUGAGAAGCUUGACAUGGACACUGCUGCAGAAACACUUUUUGUCAAGGAUGACAAAGGGCGUGUGGACUCUCUGACUACAGUCCUUGGGCAAGAAGUGGAUCGUUUUAACAGCCUUCUCAAACUGUUAAAGAUCUCUCUAGAAACACUCAACAAAGCCAUUGCGGGUUUUGUAGUGAUGUCAGAAGAAAUGGAGAGAGUGCACCACAGCUUUCUCAACAACCAGGUUCCAGCACUGUGGGCGAAUGCCGCAUACCCAUCACUAAAACCUUUAGGAGGAUGGGUGAAAGACCUCUUGUUAAGGACAGCCUUUGUAGAUUUUUGGCUCAAAAGAGGCAAACCUAAAUCGUUCUGGAUCUCUGGUUUCUUUUUCCCCCAAGGAUUUUUGACAGGAACUCUUCAAAAUCACGCUCGAAAAUAUAACUUGCCAAUUGAUGAGCUUAGUUUUAGUUAUAAUGUCAUCCCUGUCUAUCGAGAUCAGGUUCACGUGGCGGAAGCUUCGAAGACAUGUCUGUUUGGACAACCAUUGCCAAUGGAUCUCCAGCUACCCUCUCCUGAAGAUGGUGUGUUGGUCCAUGGGAUGUUUAUGGAUGCCAGCCGCUGGGAUGAUGACGAGAUGGUUAUAGAAGAUGCCUUGCCUAGGCAAAUGAAUGCAGUGUUGCCAGUCGUGCAUUUUGAACCCCAUCAAAAUUAUGAAGCAAGCCCAUCAUUGUAUCAUGCACCACUCUAUAAAACUGGAGCCAGAGCAGGAACACUCUCCACCACAGGUCAUUCUACCAAUUUUGUGGUUACCGUCUUGUUGCCUUCAAAUAGGCCAAGUGACUACUGGAUAUCCAAAGGGUCUGCAUUGCUUUGCCAGCUGAAUGACUAAGUGGGGUAUGGUUGCCAUCCAGCAGAAAGCGGUCUACGUUGUCCUUACAUGGUUUGCCAGGCAUCGGAUUGUAGCAUUGCAUCAGUGUCAAGCCUAUAAUAUUGGUAUGCUAUAACAAUACUGGCAGAAGGCCAUCUCUCCAUUCAAAUUGAUUUUUAAAAUUUGUAUUAGACUUUAUAAAGAAGCUGGAUGUAGUGUUCAUUUUCCGCCGCUUUCUUUCCUUGUCAUUUAUUCACUUGCUACUCUUAUGUUUUAUGCAUCAGUGAUAUCCCUACAGUAUGCACAUGUUUCAGGCAAAGAAACAUGCUUUGCAUUAGAAUGGUAAUUUAUUGUGAAUCCUUGCUGUACCCUUUUAUAUCUCAUUUUCUACACGAUUGCAAAUUGUUUCUAAUAGGAAAAGGUUCUCUGGGGGAAAAAAUGUGGGCAGCCAGUCUUUGAACUGCCAAUUCUGUUUUAUCUGUAAACUUUAAGACAAUAAAUGCUUCACGAAGAAA